AUGCGCAACUUGUCCCCUGAAGGGGUGCUGCAUGGCUUGCCGGAGAUCGGAAUGCGUCAUUUGCCGUCUUUUCGGCGCCGGUGUUUCUACUCCUGGUCGCUGCUGGAUUUGUUCUUUUCCUCAUCGUGCGUGAUGAUCCAUCGGUCACCUUUGAUCUUUGUGCUGCGGAUGCGUCUAGUUGUUUCAACGCCAUUACAAACGCUGUGAAACCUUAUCUCCAUCCCUACAAAUUGAUUUCCUAUCUGCGUGUCCAGGGCUACAUCCACU